AUGCUUGCACUCUUCGCUCCCACUGUGCUGCUUCUGGCUAGCGUAGCCGUUGCUCAAUCGUCUACACCCAGCGUCGCAACCUACCAGUCGAUCCCCCCAGUUCCCACAACAGAAGGCGUCUUCACUAUUCAGACAUCCGAGCCCGUCUUCGUGGAGUCGUCUGUUUGUGGACCAUCGUCUGAGGGCUCCAUGGGCGUAUUUCCUGGGGAAACACCCAUUGUCAGUGGUUCUACGGGCAGCGUCCCUGCUGUGACAACCGUUGUCAGUGGCUCCAUGGGCGUCCUACCCGGAGAAACACCUAUCCCGAGUUCGUUGUUGUCGAGCAACCCGGCUUCUGCUGUCUCCAGCACCUCAGCACAAACGACACCGUCUUCCUCUGCAUCCGGAAGUGCUCCUCCCCAACAGUCCACUGCAGCGGCAUCGGCGGUACUGCUGCACAACGACCAUUCUGCUCUCUCGCUUGCGUUAGCCUUAUCAGGACUGGCGCUUGUUGGUGCUUCAUUCGUUCUUCUCUGA